UCAGUCAAAGCAUCUUUAAUGCGCAUUGCAGGAUCAUUUCCAGGGAACUUGCAGCUAGUCUUUGUCCUGCGACCUUCCCGUUUCAUCCAGAGGACUAUUGCCGACAUUGGCAUCAGGCUUCAACGAGAUGAUUUUAAAAUGAAGGUACCGAUUAUCAUGUUAAAUACUAUAGCAGAUCUACACAGCUACAUUGAAAAAAGUCAACUGACGAGAGAUUUAGGAGGUACUCUGGAAUAUUGUCACAAUCAGUGGAUUCAUCAUCGAACUGCUAUAGAAAAUUUUGCUAUGACAGUGAAAGCAACAGCACAGUUAUUACAGUCAUUUGGCACUGAACUUGCAGAGACGGAGUUACCCAAUGAUGUUCAGUCCACAAAACUACUGCUCACAAUUCACACAGAAAAACGCAAUGAACUAAAGGAGAGACUGAAAUUGGCAGUAAGGGAAGGCAGCACUUUACUAAUAUGUAUUAAGGAACCACUUACUAAAAAUCCCAAUUAUGCGCUGAAUUCUGAUGAACUGGAAAAUAUGGCUACAGUUGAAAGACUGCUGAUGCAAUUGGAUGAAACUGAAAAUGCCUUCGACCAGUUUUGGUCAAAACACCACCUCAAACUAGAACAAUGCCUGCAGCUUCGUCAUUUUGAACAAGACUUUCGGGAGGUUAAAGUUAUUCUGGAUUGUUUAACAGAAACACAGGCUGCAUUCACUGAUAUUGGAGACAGUGUAGCCUCUGUGGAACGCCUUCUAAAAGAACUCCAAAUGAAGGAAGAGAAAGCACAGGAAUCAUUAGAAAAGGCACAGUUAUUGGCUCUGCAUGGAGAUCAACUUAUCCAAAGCAACCACUAUGCCAUUGACUCCAUCCGACCAAAAUGUAAUGAACUCAGGCGUAUAUGUGAUGAUUUUACCAACGAAAUGAAGAAAAAACAUGAUAUGCUUGGAAAAUCUCUUGAAGUCCAUAAGCACCUGGACAGUGCCAAGGAGUGGUGUGAAACAGGCAUAUAUCUCCUGGCAUCUCAAGCGGUUGAUAAGUGCCAGUCUCAAGAAGGAGCUGAAGCUGCACUUCAAGAUAUCGAGAAUUUUCUUGAAACUGCCAAAGAUCACAAGCUCACUAAUCCAAAAGAGUUUUAUAAGCAAUUUGAAUUGUUUCUCACUGAAGAUGUUGAGGCUAACAUAUCAACAAUCCUUCAGAAGCUUGAAAAUGUCCAGGAAAUGUUUGAAAAGCGUCAAGCUAGUUUAAAGAAGUUAGCAGCCAAACAGACUCGACCAGUUCAACCUGUGGCUCCUCGUCCAGAGUCAUCUCCAAAACGUUCUUCGCCAAAACCAGCCAGAACUCCUGCUCUCACAUCCAGCAGAAGAAGCUUAGAUAACAUUAGCAAUUCAAAACCACUAACAGAUACAGAACUGGCAAAGAAAAGGAAUGGAAAGAAACCAAAAGGAAAUUUAAAGAUUGAAGUGAUGCAUGAAGCCAGUCAGGGGGGAUCCAGUCAUGUCCAAGUAACAACUGAAAGUGAAGAAAACCUGUCAACAAGGAGGAGGCACAUCAUGAAUGAGCUCAUUGAAACAGAACGGGUUUAUGUGGAAGAGCUUUUGAGCAUAAUUGAGGGUUAUGCUACUGAAAUGGAUAAUCAAGAGCUGUCUCCUCUGAUCCCUGGUGUACUUAAGAACAAAAAAGAAAUCCUGUUUGGAAAUCUUCCAGAAAUCUAUGAUUUUCAUUAUAGGAUAUUCCUUAAAGAGCUUGAAAAUUGCAUGGAGAACCCUGAACUUGUUGGAAAAUGUUUUUUAAAAAGGAAAGAAGAAUUACAAAUUUAUGAAAAAUAUUGUCAAAAUAAACCACGUUCAGAGGCUAUCUGGCGACAGUGUGGAGACUGCCAAUUCUUUCAGGAGUGCCAACGUAAAUUGGAUCAUAAACUCUCACUGGAUGCUUAUCUGCUGAAACCGGUCCAAAGGAUUACAAAGUACCAACUUCUUCUAAAGGAAAUGCUAAAGUGCAGUAAAAACUCAGAAGGCACUGCAGAACUAGAGGAAGCACUGGAGACAAUGAUUAGUAUAAUUAAAUCAGUGAAUGACUCCAUGCAUCAAAUUGCUAUCACUGGCUUUGAGGGAAACCUAAAUGACCUUGGGAAGUUAUUGAUGCAAGGCUCUUUCAAUGUCUGGACCGACCACAAAAAGGUUCACAGCAAGGUCAAAGAUUUGGCACGAUUCAAACCAAUGCAAAGGCAUCUUUUCCUUUACACAAAAUUGCUGCUUUUCUGCAAGAAACGAGAGGAAAAUGCAGAUGGACAUGAGAAAUCUCCCUCAUACAGUUUUAAGCAUUCAUUGAAGAUGAGUGCUGUUGGUAUCACAGAAAAUGUAAAAGGAGACAUUAAGAAGUUUGAAAUCUGGUACAAUGGCAGAGAGGAAGUGUACAUUAUUCAGGCAUCAUCUGUAGAACUGAAGAACCUUUGGGUUUCUGAAAUCCGGAAAGUACUGACAGGACAACUGCAAGCUUACAGAGAAGCAAGUCAGUUAAAUCAGAGGAUACAGGAACAUGUUUACCAGGCUCCACUGAACACACCCAACAGAUAUACAAGGAAAUCAUCUUUACAACAAGACAACAAAUGCGAUUCGUCAAGUUCUGAAACAGUCGAAAGGCAAAAUGAAAACUCCAGCUCCAAUAAUAGACAAAAGAGAGAAUCACAGUCUAAGGAGCCAACUGUAAUUCGCCGCAUUUCCUUAGCUUCUUCUGUCAGUGCUUCACGAAGUAAAGAGUCAUUGCCAGAUACUUUCAUGAUUGCAAGCAAGCGCCACAGUACCACCAGUUACGUAAAAAGGUCAAUUUCACAGACAGGUUGGUCAUGUAAACCGAUUCCAUCAUUGGAUACUUCUGAGGAUUUUGAAACUAUUCCUUCAAGUAUGGAUGAACUUUCCAACUCCUCAGAUAUGGAUGAAGAACUAUCUAGUAAAGCUGCACAAAGUCUGUACCGAGUAGAUGGUAUUUAUGAACCUAAAUCCAUUGAGGAGCUUGCAGUGCAGAAUGGCGAAGUGGUUGAGGUACUGCAGGAAGGAGAAGAGGGACAGUGGCAAGUAAGGAGUCUGCUAACUUAUAAAACAGGAUGGAUUCCUUCCAGUCUUCUACAACCAGUUGGUUCAGAACUUAAGACGGAUCAGACUGAUAAUAAUUCAGAUUUUUACAGUGAUAUGUGCACAGCAGCAUUUGCUGAUUGUGAAGACAAGGAGAGUUCGGACAUGGGAAGCUAUACUUCAGGAAGCAAAACUGAAAGCUGAUCUUGUUACUUCUCUAAUAUUAAUCCUUAAACUUCAGGCUUCAAUCAUGCCUACAAAAGUUAGGGUCCUGAGGACUCUUCAGUAGCUGAGUACAUGAAGUGAGAAUGUACUGUACUACGUACUGCUGAAAAAUCCUGUAGCUGUGCAUAAAGAAUUGAAUUUGUUUGUUUAUGAUUGAGUUGAAUUGUUCAAUAUAAAUGCUGUUCAAUGGUUUAAAAGAAUGAAUAUUAGUAAGGGCCAGGUUUUUGAACACAUAUCCAGUUCCAUUUUUUGCAGUUCUUAAUGUCUUGACUCUCCAGUUGCCAAUAUUGGUUGCUGGAACAAAUCAUAUUAAAUACAGUUCAGAUAACAAAAUAAAAAGUGAACUCAGGCUUCUGGUAUGUUGUAACUAACCAAACCAGUAUUUCAUGCUAUUUGCGCUGGUCCUAUUUGUUUCCACAACAUGUGAGCAGUCUGUUUCAGUUCAACACUCAAUUAAUGAAAUCUAACCUCUGGUUGCCAGUGGAAAUUAAUGAUAACAAAGACAUGAGCUUGCAAAAAGAUGCGAAGAGGCUACACACUCGCUUAUCAAUGCACUAAGACAAGAUUGCUAGUGGCAUUUGAAAUAGUCAUUUUCUCAGGAAAUGAUUUCUGAUCUGCAGGGAAAAACUGCUAUCUUUUAUUCCUGUAAAACAAAUACAUUUUCUUUAUAUCAACAUCUGCUCUUCUAACAGUGGCCUUUAGCUGCGUCCAUGAGACCACUACUGUGGAAAACACUUAUGAGAAAUGGCAUGGAAUAAAGGCUAACAAAUGUUACUGGUGAAAGUUGUUACAGUUUGUUGCUGAUACUUCAGUUUAAAGUACUGUAUGAAAGCUGUGUGUGGUCCAGAUUGCAUGUUGUGCCUGUAUUUUACUGAUAUUAGGAACACUAAUUAUUUAUAUUUUAAAAAUAACGUUACAACAAUCUUCAAAAAUAUGUUGGGCCUUCUAAAGUAUA